AUGGCGCUGCAGCUGCCGCUGACCCUGGACUUGGAGCCACCAUCGGACACAGCCUCGGACACGGCGCUGCGGCCACCACUGCGGCCACCGUUGAUCCUGGACUUGGAGCCACCAUUGGACACAGCCUGGGAUCCAGCGCCACGGCCACCAUUGAUCCUGGACUUGGGGCCGCCAUUGGACACGGCCUCGCGGCCACCACUGCGGCCACCAUUGACCCCGACCUCGGGACUGGCAUCGGACACGGCCUCGCGGCCACCUCUGCGGCCAGCGUUGACCUCGGGCGGCCUCAGAGUGGACAUUGGCCUGGGCGUGGCGGCCGGAGCCGACGUGGAUGAGCUUGGGGCGGGCGGCGCGGCCGAAGUGACCGCUGGCAUCGGGGCGGGCGUGGCCCUCAGCAUCGGCGCCAACAUCGGGCCCGGCCUGGCCGGCGGCGCCAUCAGGGCCAGCGUGGGGCUGGGCAUCGCCCCGGACAUCGGAGUGACCGUCGGGGCCGCCCUGGGAGCCAACGCGGGCCCCGCGCUGCCGUCCGGACCAAACCCCGGCCUUGGACACAAUUCUGGCCUUGGACCAAACCCCGGCCUAGGACCAAACCCCGGCCUAGGACCAAACCCCGGCCUUGGACCAAACCCCGGCCUUGGACCAAACCCCGGCCUAGGACCAAACCCCGGCCUAGGACCAAACCCCGGCCUAGGACCAAACCCCGGCCUUGGACCAAACCCCGGCCUAGGACACAAUUCUGGCCUUGGACCAAACCCCAGCCUAGGACCAAACCCCAGCCUCGGACACAAUUCUGGCCUUGGACCAAACCCCGGCCUUGGACCAAACCCUGGCCUCGCUGUCGGGCCCGGCCUGGGCUCCGCCGUGGGCCUGGCGGCCGGAGCGGCCCUGGGCCCCGAGCUGGACAUUGGCCUGGGUGUGGACGUGGCCCCCGCGGCCGGGCCGGGCCUGGGCUCCGGCCCCGGGCUGGGCUCGGCGCUCGGCUUCGCCGUGGGAGCCGCGCUCGGCGCCAGUGCCUGCCCCGGCCUGGCGCGGCCCGACGUGGAGCCCGAGCUGGGCCUGGGCCUGGGCCUGGCCCCGCCGCUGGGGCUGCUGCGCCUGGGGCUGGGGGUCCCGGGCGAGACCCCCCGGCGGCGGCACCGAGACCUGGACGCCGCCCUACACCCCCCCGCCAGGCGCCGCCCUUCGCCUUCGGGGCCCCCCGAGCCCCCCGAGGCCGCCGCCGAGAAGCUCCCGCCGAGCCCCGAGAGCCCCGGGGGGGUCCCGGGGGGUCCCCCCGGUUCUCUGCUGACCCCCGAGACGUCGCCGCCGCCGCCCCCCCGCCGCCGCGGGCGGGGCCGGCGCUGCGGCGGCUGCUGCAGGGGCUGGCGGCCAUCGCCGCCCGCGGGGGGCCCCGGCGCCCCUCGGGGGGCUCCCCCCGCGGCCCGGCCCGCGCCCCCCCCAGCCCCGGUCGCCCCGCGACCCCUUCGCUGAGUUGUAUCAACUCCCCCAGAGCCGCCUCCAGGACGCCUUCCGCAAAGCCGGAAGCCAGCGCGCCCCGUCGUUCUGAACUAAGUCUGUGACGCGACUUGCCCCCAGUAUGGCAUAUUGUCAUUGUCACCCGGCCCGGGCCAGCGCCCCCCGGCCCGGCCGCCCCCGCCCGCCGCCCCCCGGGGCCGCUCGUGCUAAUUUAACUCGUAACGAGUCUCUAAGGUAAUUGGGGGGGGGCUGGUGGCCCCCCCCCUCCCCCAGCCCGGACGCCUGGGGACCGCCCUCGUGUCCCCUCCCCCGGAUUUUGUCACCUUUCCCCCCAAUUUUGUCCCCUUUCCUCCAUUUUGUCCCCUCCCCCAGAUUUUGUCCCCUCCCCCCCAUUUUGUCCCCCUCCCCC